UGUUGGAGAAUUGAAUUCCAUCUCAAUGUUGCGUCAAGUGGAGCUCGUGUCCAUGGAGGAGCCUGAGAAAAUGGAGAAGGGAUUUGUUGCAUUCGACGAGUGCAGUGGCAAAAAUGCGGACGAUGAGUGCGUGACUGCGUACGAAACUUACAAAUGCGGCCUGGAGAAGACUCCAGACCUGGUUGCGAACAUAAUUACGAAUAACCUUGGCAGCGGUCCUGUGAUGUACCCUCCAACUCCGUGCAUUCCGAUUCGCAGGACUUGUUGGCUCUCAAGUAAUUUACCUUGCGUUAGAAAUCAAGCAGCUAUCGAUUUACUGAACAGCCAAGGCAAUGAUGACAUGGGGGUCAAGAAAACCGUUGCAGACAAGAUUUAUUACCAUGGAAAUUACGACGUGACUAAAGGAGACGCCAGCCCUGUGACGGCAUUCCAACGUUGCUGUGAACUCGGCAUGAGGCUUUACGAACCUCAGACUGCAGCAGAUUAUAUUAACGCUAGGGACAACAUAGUCGGGAAUUUCGGCCCACCCCUGCUGAUACUUGGAGAGACGGAGUUCAUCAACAGGACGCACGAGGUGUGGUGUCGCAGCCGCACCCUGCUCACCGACGACAUGCUCAGCCCUGAUCCGGCCCGCAGGUAUCCCUGCGCCGAGUCGAUGCCCAGCGUGGUCGGACCUGACGGAACGGUCUAUAUGCAUGCUAGAAUGGACCUUGACGUUCACGACUACUUCAUCAAUCCGCAAAAGUAUCCGACUAAGGAUUAUCAGUUUCAGAGCUUUAUUUGUGAGCCACUGUAA